AUGGCGCUUGUCAUGGAGUAUUGCCCCAACGGCAACCUGAACGAUUUCAUCGUCCGCAACGGGCAACCAGGGCUUCCCGAGGGCCUCUCCAGAAAGCUGAUCGCUGAGGUGCUGCUGGCCUUGGGUUACCUUCAUGAUGAGCUCGACGUCGUCUUCCGAGACCUGAAGCCCGAGAAUAUCGUGCUGGAUGCUGGGAUGCACGCAAAGCUGACCGACUUCGGCCUGGCCAAGGCUGAGGCCAGCAGCGGCAUGGGCGCACGCAGCUUUGUUGGGUCGAUGUAUUUCGUGGCGCCCGAGGUAACCCCAGCAGCUUCCCGCCGUUACGGCCCGGCGGUGGAUAUCUACGCCCUGGGCCUGGUUGCCUGGGUUGCCUUCACCGGAGGCGUAACAUCCCGAAACGCCUCAGAGGUCGGCUUUCGCGAUGCGCCACUUCUAAGCUCCUGCCACAACCAGCGGCUGCCGCCCGAGAGUCACGAGGCAAUGCGUGCUUGGCUGGAUGAGCGACGCGAGGUCCAGGAUACCGCUGGACCAAGUCCUCAGCAGUCGCCACGGAUGUCCUCGUUCGCCUUUGCUUUCGUAGAUACGACUACCUCGACCGAGCCUCUUCGCCGGGGAUCUGCAUCGGAGUUGCGUGACCAUCCCUUCUUUACCAAGUCGCCGCUCCACCCACCGCUGACAGAAUUUAGCGAUUGGGUGGCAUUGCUGCCUUCAGUGGUCGAGGAGGAGGAGCCGAUGUCGCCGGCCAGUGUAUGCACGGAGGACUCAUGGGCCUAUGGAGCUGCCACCGGAGAGUGA